AUGAGGCGAAAGGUGGGUCUGAUGAGGAACGGCCAACUGUUGGCAGAGGGACAUCCAGAAACCAUGAUGAAACAGCACAAUGCACCGACCCUGGAGAAAGCCUUCCUGCAGCUGUGUGAGACCUCAGACCAGGUGGGCUCCAAACACAGCACCUCCCCUCUGGGCGGGGUACUAGAGAGCAGCCAAUCAUUCGAGAGUGGCCGGGAAGAGAGUCAACCAAUCCUGGGAGCCGGACCGGAACCAGUAGAAGAGCUUCCCAAAUACUCAGCGGACUGGAAGGUACGAGUCAGGCAUGUGAUGCCAAAGUGGAGGAACAUCGCAGCUCUGAUGAUUAAGACCGUGGUGCGGAUGAAGAGAAUGCCAGGGUCCCUGUGUUUCCAGUUCCUGCUGCCAGUCAUCCAGAUCUCUCUCAUGUGUCUGUGUAUCGGAGGAGACCCCAAAGAAAUACAGGUGGCUGUAGUCAACAAUGAGACCUCCUCCAGCUCCUUCAGCCAAUCCCUGCUCUCCUUCCUGGACAACUCCAGCGUGCAACAGGUGAACCUGUCCCACGCCGAGGCUUUUGCAGGGGCCUAUAACGGAGAGUACUGGGGCGUCAUCGGGUUUGGAAAGAAUUUUACCAGCUACCUGACCAAGAGGAUGAUCCAGCGCCAGGUCUCUAAGGAGGUAGUGGAUGGAGGGUCGGUGCACGUCUGGUUGGACCUGACCAAUCAACAGAUCGCCAUGAUGCUUCAGAAGAAACUAGCCGAUGCCUUUGAGGACUUCGUCCAGUAUAAGAUGGGGAGCAUGUCUUACCUGGUCUCUCUUCCUGUCAAGUUUGAGGAGCCCAUCUAUGGCAGCAUGGACUCAGACUUCACCACGUUUGUGACACCAGGAGCCGUUCUGAGCAUCACUUUCUACCUGGCAGUGGGCUUGACGGCUCUGUCCUUCGUGAUAGAGAGGAAGGAGGGACUAAUGGACAGGUGCUGGGUUGCAGGUGUUAGUUCGUUGGAGACUGUGCUGGCCCAUCUCAUCUCCCAGCUGUUUGUCAUCAGCAUCCAGGUCAUUCUACUACUGCUCUUAAUGCUGCUCGUCUUCAAGAUCCCUAAUGAGGGGAGCCUGGUGUUGGUUAUAGCUCUGAUCGUGCUGCAGGGUGUGACUGGCAUCUCCUUUGGUCUGGUCAUCUCAUCCGCCAUCGAUGACGAACAGAAUGCCAACCAGGCUGCCCUGGGUGUCUUCUACCCCAACCUCAUCGUCAGUGGUAUAAUCUGGCCUGUGGAGUGCAUCCCCUAUCCACUACGUUACAUCAGUCUGGCCCUGCCCCAGACCUACGCUUCUGAAGCCCUGCGAUGCAUCAUGUACAGAGGCUGGGGUCUCUCCAGGAUGAUGGUGUGGCGAGGCUUCGCUGUCACCCUGGGCUGGAACACUUUCUUCCUCGUCUUGGCCACCGUCAUCCUCAAGCUGAGGACCUGA